AAUCCUUUAUUUGUUGCAGUGUGUAACUUCGUGGUGCACGACCGCUGUCUCAAGGCCGUCGUCUCUCCCUGCUCCAGCAUCGCGGCAAGCCUGAUUAAGAACCCGGUCGCACACUGUUGGUCCGAACAAGUACAUCAUAAAAGAAAAUUCUGCAACGUCUGUCGGAAACGUUUGGAUGAUAAUAAUCCAUCCAUACACUGCGAAAUAUGCGAGUACUUCGUGCACAUAGAAUGCCAAGAUUUCGCGGUGGCAGACUGCAAGGAGAAUGCCACGUACUUGCCUGGGAAGGACCUGUCAGCAGUGAAACACACUCAUCACUGGCGGGAAGGCAAUCUUCCGAGUAGCUCUAAAUGCGCUGUAUGCAAGAAGAGUUGUUUUACUGUCGAGUGCCUUGCCGGGUUUCGUUGCGAGUGGUGCGGCAUGACGUCGCACGCGUAUUGUUACAAGAAUAUCCCCCAAGAAUGCACCUUUGGUAACUUGGAACCAAUUUACCUGCCACCACAUGCAGUUAGUAUUCCGCGUACCGAAGUUCCCAUGGAAGCCAUCAUUGGAGUACAAGUGCGUCGUAAAGAAGUGCCGACUCGUGAGUAUUCUUGCCAUAACAUCGGAGAGCAAUUCGAUUUCGCUGAGAGUGAGCAAAAUGGGGCUGCAGGCCGCCUAGCCGAAGCUUUGAGGCGCCUUUCGCUAGUUUUGCCACGUAGCUGCCAUGGAAAUUGUCAUGCUUCCCCUCCUUAUGUUCGAGCGCGGAGCACGUCAGAAGAAUUUGGUAGCGACGCGAGGUAUCGUGAUAAUGGAGAACCGACACAGGGAGCAGCGCAUGGCCGUGAUCCGCGUUCUCCUAAAGAGAAAGAAGACAAAGAAAGAGGUGACGAAGAGAUGAUUAAAGUGUACGACGGCAACAGCUCCUUGAGGCGAAGAAUAUUUCGAGUGAUUCCGGUACCCAGGCAGGCUACGACAGAGCAGGUUCUCACAUUGGCAUUGCGCGCAUUUCACAUCACAAAAGAUCCUAGUAACUUUUACUUAACCGACCUGUAUGCUGCGGAGGAAACUGAGUUGUGUGACCCGACACCUGUUUUAAAUUUAAAUCGCCAAGAAGGCAAACGUCCGGCUGUGUUCUUACGAUUUAAAAAUAACGACAGUGGGGAAGUACGAGUUUAUCCCGGCAAAUUGCAGGUAUCAGAGUCAUUCUGUAUAGUACCUGUUACCGAAGCAACAACUGUUGCAGACUUAAUAAACGAAGCACUUGAGAAGUUUGGUUUACAAAAUUUUAAUUGCGAUGACUAUAGGUGCAGUGAAAUUCUUUUAGACCGUGGCGUGACGGAAAGGGUUUUGUCCUGGGACGAAAGACCUUGGGAUAUCGUUAAGAAGCUGGGAAAAGAUUCUAUUAGGCAAAUGGAACUAAUGCGGUUCUAUCUACAGUUAAAGCAAGACCCCCAUGGACCCAACUUGGCUUUAUUCGUGGGCAACUUGCCACCAAAUCUUUCUGAAAGAAGUUAUGAGAAUAUGUUGAUAGAAUUUUUAGGAAAAGGUUGGUGUGUGACUUGA